AUCUGCAUUCGGGCAGUACAAAUAAUGAUGCCCAUGCUCUUGUCUUAUGCAUUCCCACAGCAUAAUGGCGCUGCACACAAUACCCAGAAAGAAAAGCUUAUUAUAUAUAAAGGAAAAAGGUAGAAAUCAACAGAAGAAGGUAUAUAAUAUGAGAGCUCCUGUCACAGGACAAAUAAACUAGUGAAAGUAAGUGGAGGGUGGCAUAAAGAAAUUGGAGAGGUAAGUGGGGUGAGAUUGGAAAAACUUAAAAAUAUGGAGGGUAUCACGGACUGAGGCAAAAAAAGAAAAGAGAUUUACAGAGUGGGGUGGUGGUGUAAGAAGCAGAGAGCAUGUGGGCCGGGGCCCCUCUUCUUCUUCUCUUGUUCCUCUCAUGUGCUUUCACCUCGUAGUUUGAUCCAGUUGCAUGCAUUUACUUGUUGAUGACACGCUAGAUUCUGUCAUCAAUGAUCAUUCAUUCAUCCAUCAUCCCAUCUCAUUCACACACCAACUUACCAGGACACUUCCAAAUGGGUAGAGUUGGAUCAAAGUGUGUCCAGCCAAGAUCUGGGUUCCUUGAUAAUAUAAUAUAUGCAAACGUACAGGGCUGUAUCUGAUAGCUUAAAAUGGCUUGGUGGAGGAUUCCCCAACUCCCCGGAUUCCCGCAGCACAGCCCACUUCCUGAAUUUGAUAUGUCAUUUCUGCAAAUAGUUUUAAAUUGUCCCGAUUUCCAGGUUGUGCCAAUUUUAUCAUAUAAAAUGAACCCUUGGAUCCAGCGAGAGGCCUGGUACAUGUUGAGAAGGCUAGAAAUACAUUUAUAAUUGGUUGCCUUCAGAUGAAUGCAUACUUAGGUCGGGAGUACUGGGUAUGAUAGGUAUGACGCAUUGUUAAAGAGUCUGAGCGUGCACACCGCCCAAAAUUUAUGAUUGUGGGAGAGUGGAGUUGUUAGACAGAGACACAGUUAACUAUGUUUGUGUAGGCUGUGAUGCAAUCGUCCCAAUGUCGCUCCAGCCUUCUCUUUCCUUGGGGUGUCCGUCAUCAUGUAAAAAAUUAUGUCCGACAUGGGAUUGGGCCUUAAUUUUAUGCCUGGUCGCCAUAUUGGGAGUUGCAAGGGGUGAUCCCCAAGCCCAGAGCCUUCUGUCGUGGCGAGAGACUCUCAAUGGAUCAGGGCUCAUUACUUGGGAUGCCCGAGAGCAGGGGCCGUGUGGAUGGAUUGGAAUCUCUUGUUCUCCUCUGGGUGAGGUUGUGGAUAUUAAUUUACAAUCCAUGGAGCUCAUGGGUUCCGUUCCUUCUCAGCUUGGGGCCCUGACUUCUCUGCAGUCCUUGGUUCUCUCUGAGACUAAUUUGAGCGGGAGUAUUCCCAGGGAAAUUGGGGAUUACAGUGCUUUGAUUGUCCUGGAUCUGAGCAGGAAUAGAUUGACAGGAAGUAUUCCUUUGGAGAUCGGGAGACUGAAUAAUUUGGAGAUUCUUAUCCUCAAUUCCAAUGAGUUGGAAGGAAUGAUUCCUCCACAGUUGGGGAAUUGUAGCAGUCUUGUGGAUUUGGUGCUUUUUGACAAUCAGCUGAGAGGGAAAAUACCGGAGGAUCUGGGCAGGCUGAGGAAUCUGGAGAUGUUUCGCGUAGGAGGCAAUGGGAACAUUGAAGGUGAGCUGCCACCCCAACUGGGAAACUGUAGCAAUCUCACAAUGCUGGGGCUUGCAGAGACCAGCAUUUCUGGACGGAUUCCAGGCUCCUUCGGAGCUCUGAAAAAGCUCAAGACGCUUGCAUUGUACACUGCUCUGUUGUCUGGGCCCAUACCUCCCGAGCUGGGAGACUGUGUUGCGCUUGAAAAUUUGUAUCUCUAUGGCAACAGUCUCUCUGGAUCGAUUCCUCGGGAGCUUGGAAAACUUCAGAAUCUGCAGAGGCUUUUCCUUUGGCAGAAUAAUUUGGUGGGCAGAAUACCUAUGGAAUUGGGCAAUUGCAGUGCAAUUAGCGUCAUGGACCUGUCUAUGAAUGCUCUCACAGGCAGCAUCCCGGCUACCUUUGGAAAGAUGAAGAAUCUGGUGGAGCUUCAGCUGAGUGUCAACGAGCUAACAGGAUCGAUCCCCGCCGCCCUGGUCAACUGCAGCAGGCUCAACCAGCUCCAGGUGGAUAAUAACCAGCUUUUAGGUCAGGUGCCCCAGGAAUUCGGACAGUUGAAGAAUUUGACCCUGCUGUACGCCUGGCAGAACAGAUUGGAAGGGAUAAUUCCUUCAAGCCUAGGUGAUUGUCAUAACCUUCAAAGCCUCGAUCUCUCGCAAAACAACCUCACUGGAACCAUUCCCACCAGCCUCUUUCAGUUGAGGAAUCUUAGCAAAUUGCUUCUUCUGUCUAAUGAUUUAACUGGCGUUCUGCCCGCGGAGAUUGGGAACUGUAGUGCAUUGGCUAGGGUAAGGCUUAGUGGCAACACUUUAAGCGAAGCAAUACCCCGGGAGAUUGGGAGGCUGAAGAAUCUCUACUUUCUGGACUUGGCGGAUAAUCAAUUUUCAGGCCCAAUUCCUUCAGAGAUUGGAGAUUGCGUGGAGCUUCAAUACUUGGAUCUCCACAUGAACCGCCUCACAGGGAGCUUGCCCGGUACACUAGGCCAAUUGAGCAGCUUGCAGGUGGUGGAUAUAUCCAUGAACAAACUCGCGGAUCCAAUUCCCGCGGCAGCAUUUGGGAACACAGCACUCUCUCUUAACAAACUCCUGCUGAGCAACAACGAGCUGUCAGGAUUCAUUCCAAAAGAGCUCGGCUUGUGCACAAAAUUGCAGCUCCUGGAUCUUAGCAGUAACCGGCUGACCGGCGGCAUUCCACCCGAGGUGGGAAGUAUAGAGGGCCUCAACAUUGCAUUGAAUGUGAGCUGGAAUUAUUUGUCAGGAUCUAUACCUUGGGAGCUUUCCAGGCUCAGUAAGCUUGCAACCAUGGAUCUCUCACACAAUAUGUUGUCUGGAAACUUAACCGUUCUGGGUACACUGGAAAAUUUGGUGUCCUUGAACGUAUCGUUCAAUAACUUCACGGGUCCCCUGCCUGACACAGGUUUCUUCAGAGGAUUACCAUCCAGUGUUUUCGCCGGCAACGCAGGACUGUGCAGCUCUUGUUUUUCUGAAGAAAUUGAUCCAUCAAUACAAGGAAGCCAUUCGGAGUACUCGGGAGUGAAGCUAAUCAUAAGCCUGCUCUUUGGUGUAAUUGCACUCUUGUUGUUUUUGGGCAUUUUUCUCGUGGUCAGAACUCGGAGGGCACCCCAUGAACAAGAUGAAUCAGACCCAGAAAUCGGCUGGCCAUGGCAGAUGACAUUGUUCCAGAAACUAAGUGUCUCGGUCGAAGAUAUAAUAGAUAAUCUGGUCAGUUCAAACAUCAUAGGCAAGGGCUGCUCCGGAGUUGUGUAUAAAGCCCAGAUUCCAAACGGGGAUUUAAUAGCAGUGAAAAAGCUGUGGCCGUCAAAAACAUCCGCGCAGCAGAGAGACUCCUUUGCAGCGGAGGUAAAGACUCUGGGUUCGAUCCGCCAUAGAAACAUAGUAAAGCUCUUGGGCUUUUGCACCAACAGAACAACAAAACUUCUCAUGUAUGAUUACAUGCCCAACGGAAGCCUGGGCGGAUUGCUGCAUGAAAAGAGAGGGAUGCUGGAAUGGGAGAUAAGAUACAACAUAAUCCUGGGAGCCGCCCAGGGGCUCGCCUAUCUGCACCACGACUGCCUGCCCUCUAUAGUGCAUCGAGACAUUAAGGCCAAUAACAUACUAUUGGGUUCUCGGUACGAGCCUUAUAUUGCAGACUUUGGCCUAGCAAAGCUCAUGGAGUCAUCAGACUUCAGCAAAUCCUCAACCAACGUCGCAGGCUCCUAUGGAUACAUAGCUCCAGAAUACGGGUACACCAUGAAGAUCACAGAGAAAAUCGAUGUUUACAGUUAUGGAGUCAUGCUAUUGGAAGUCUUGACAGGAAAGCAGCCAAUAGAUCCGUCCUUCCGUGACGGAAUGCAUAUUCUGGAUUGGGUUAAGGAAAGCUUGGAGCAUAAGAGAGAUGCAGUGGAGGUUUUGGAUCCGAGGCUGCAAGGAAGACCCGAUUCUCAGAUCCAGGAGAUGUUGCAGGCACUGGGUACUGCUCUGCUCUGUGUUAAUUCCAACCCGGAAGAACGACCUACCAUGAAGGACGUGGCGGCUCUUUUGAAAGAAAUAAAGCACGAUUCUGACGACUGUUGCCCCAAGCACCACAUUGAUCUGCUUAAACAGACUCCGUCCCCUUCCCUUGCAGACCAUUCUCGCUCCCCCUCCAGAAGUAGUACUUCCUUCAAGGACAUAGCAGCAAAUUAUUCCCAUUCUUCUCUUAUCUAUAACACUAAAGGCUCUGGCAAAAUAGAUCUGCAUUAGAAUAUUCUUCCUGUUUUAUUUUGUAACUAAUGUUCCCUCACCGAUUGUCAUCUCAACUUGUGUAUAUCCUGGUUCAGAAAUUCUUCUCUGUCAUGGCUCUGAAACUAAGAUUGUGCCUCUCAGAAACAAAAUGUACUAUUUCUAACGA